GGCGGCGGCCGGGGAUGGCGAGAUAGCGGCGCGGGAGCGGCCGGACUCAUUGCACGAAAGAUGGAUAUUUACUCAUGUUUGAAAAGACCAUCCCGGAUGGUGGACAAUAAAAGAAUGAGGACUACUUCAAAUUUCCAGUGGCUCUUCUCAACAUUCAUUCUUCUCUAUCUAAUGAAUCAAGUCAAUAGCCAGAAGAAGGGAUCUCUUCAUGAUCUAAAGUGCAUAACUAGCGAUUUACAAGUGUGGGACUGUUCUUGGAAAGCAUCCUCUGAAGCAGGCCGAGAUGCUGCUUAUGAAUUUUGCAUUGAAAACAGGUCUCAUUCUUGUUAUCAGUUGAAGAAAACAAAUGUUAAAAUUCCAGCUCUUCCACCUGGUGAUCAUGAAAUAACAAUACAUUCUCCACAUGAUUUUGAAAGUUUUACAAGUAAAUUCAUACUAAAUGAAAAAAAUGUUUCCUUAAUUCCAGAUACUCCAGAGAUCUUGAAUUUGUCUGCUGAUUUCUCAACCUCUACAUUAUACCUAAAGUGGAAUGACAAGGGUUCUGUUUUUCCACGUCACUUAAAUGUCAUCUGGGAAAUUAAAAUUCUACGUAAACAGAGUAUGGAGCUUGUAAAAUUAGUGACCCACAACACAACUCUGAAUGGUAAAGAUACAGUUCAUCACUGGAGUUGGGUCUCAGACAUGCCCUUGGAAUGUGCUGUUCAUUAUGUGGGAAUUAGAUGCUACAUUGACAGUCUUCAUUUUUUUGGUCGCAAAGUGUGGAGUGACUGGAGCCCACUGAAAAAUAUUUUUUGGACUCCUGUUUCUCAGCUUCACGUUUUUCCUCAAGACAGAGUGAUACUUGUAGGCUCAGAUAUGAUAUUUUGUUGUGUGAGUCAAGAAAAAGUGUCAACAGCACUUGUUGGUGGUACAAAUGCUCCGUUUAUCCAUCUUGAUGGGGAAAAUGUUGCAAUCAAGAUCUAUAAUAUUUCUGCUUCUGCAAGUAGUGGAACAAAUAUUGUAUUUUCAACACAAAGUAACGUAGAUGGAGCAGUUGUUUUUGCUGGAUAUCCACCCGAUAUUCCUCAAAAACUGAAUUGUGAGACACAUGAUUUAAAAGAGAUUAUAUGUACUUGGGAUCCAGGACGGUCGACAUCAUUGGUGGGCGAACGCAAUACAAAUUACACUUUAUAUGAAAGUUUUUCAGGAAAACAUGUUAGGUUUCAAAGAGUUGAAGCACCUAUGAAUGAAAGCUAUCAGUUAUUCUUUCAAAUGCUUCCAAAUCAAGAAAUAUAUAAUUUUACUCUGAAUGCUCGCAAUCCUCUGGGUCGAUCAGAAUCAACAAUUUUAGUUAACAUAACUGAAAGAGUUUCUCCCCAUACUCCUGUUUCAUUCAAAGUGAAGGAUAUUAAUUCAACAGCUGUUAUGCUUUCUUGGCAUUUAUCAGGCAACUUUACAAAGAUUAGUCUUUUAUGUCAAAUUGAAAUUAACAAAACUAAUUCAGUACAAGAAUCGAGAAAUGUCACAAUCAAAGGAGUAGAAAAUUCAAAUUAUCUUGUUGCCGUGGGCAAGUUAAAUCCAUAUACAGUAUAUACUUUUCGGAUUCGCUGUACUACUGAAACUUUCUGGAAAUGGAGCAAAUGGAGCAAUAAAAAACAGCAUGUAACCACAGAAGCCAGUCCUUCAAAGGGACCCGAUACUUGGAGAGAAUGGAGUUCUGAUGGAAAAAAUUUAAUAAUCUAUUGGAAGCCUUUACCCAAUAAUGAAGCCAAUGGAAAAAUACUUUCCUACAAUGUAUCAUAUUCAUCAGAUGAGGAAACACAGUCCCUUUCUGAGAUCCCUGAUCCUCAACACAAAACAGAGAUACGACUUGAGAAGAACGACUACAUCAUCAGUGUGGUUGCAAAAAAUUCUGCUGGCUCAUCACCACCUUCUAAAAUAGCGAGUAUGGAAAUUCCAAAUGAUGAUCUCAAAAUAGAGCAGGCCGUUGGAAGAGGAAAGGGGAUUGUCCUUACCUGGCAUUACGACCCCAACAUGACUUGCGACUAUGUCAUUAAGUGGUGUAAUUCGUCUAGGUCUAAACCAUGCCUCAUGGACUGGAGAAAAGUUUCUUCAAACAGCACUGAAACUGUGAUAGAAUCUGAUCAGUUUCGACCAGGUGUAAGAUAUAAUUUUUUCCUGUAUGGGUGCAAAAAUCAAGGAUAUCAAUUAUUACGUUCCAUAAUUGGAUAUAUAGAAGAAUUGGCUCCAAACGUUGCACCAAAUUUUACUGUUGAGGAUACUUCUGCAGAUUCGAUAUUAGUAAAAUGGGAAGAUAUUCCUGUGGAAGAGCUUAGAGGCUUCUUAAGAGGAUAUUUAUUUUACUUUGAAAAAGGAGAGAGAGACACAUCUAAGAUGAGGGGUUUGGAAUCAUCAGGUCGUUCUGAUGUGAAAGUUAAGAAUAUCACUGACAUAUCCCAGAAGACAUUGAGAAUUGCUGAUCUUCAAGGUAAAACAAGUUACCAUCUGGUCUUGCGAGCCUAUACAGAUGGCGGAAUGGGCCCAGAGAAAAGUAUGUUUGUGGUGACAAAGGAAAAUUCUGUGGGAUUAAUUAUUGCAAUUCUCAUCCCAGUGGCAGUGGCUGUCAUUGUUGGAGUGGUAACAAGUAUCCUUUGCUAUCGGAAACGAGAAUGGAUUAAAGAAACCUUUUACCCUGAUAUUCCAAAUCCAGAAAAUUGUAAAGCAUUGCAGUUUCAAAAGAGUGUCUGUGAGGGAAGCAGUGGUCUGAAAACAUUGGAAAUGAAUCCUUGUACCCCAAAUAAUGUUGAGGUUUUGGAAACUAGAUCGACAUUUCCUAAGAUAGAAGAUACAGAAAUAAUUUCCCCGGUAGCUGAGCGUCCUGAAGAUGGCUGUGAUGCAGAGCCUGAAAACCACGUGGUUGUGUCCUACUGUCCACCAAUCAUUGAGGAAGAGAUACCAAAUCCAGCUGCGGAUGAAGCUGGAGGGACUUCACAAGUCAUUUACAUUGAUGUUCAGUCAAUGUAUCAGCCUCAAGCAAAACCAGAGGAAGAACAAGAAAAUGACCCUGUAGGAGGGGCAGGAUAUAAGCCACAAAUGCACCUCCACAUUAAUUCUACUGUAGAAGAUACAGCUGGAGAAGAUGACUUAGAUAAAACUGCGGGUUACAGACCUCAGGCAAGUGUAAAUACAUGGAACUUAGUAUCCCCAGACUCUCCUAGAUCCACAGACAGCAACAGUGAAGUUGUCUCAUUUGGAAGUCCGUGCUCCAUUAAUUCCCGGCAAUUUUUGAUUCCUCCUAAAGAUGAAGACUCUCCUAAAUCUAAUGGAGGAGGGUGGUCCUUUACAAACUUUUUUCAGAACAAACCAAAUGAUUAACAGUGUCAUUGUGUCACUUCAGUCUGCCAUCUCAAUAAGCUCUUAUCACUAGUGUUGCCGCGUCAGCACUGGGCUUUCUUGGAGGGACCCUGUGAAGUAUUGUUAGUGAGGUAAACUUCACUACAUGUAAGUUACACUGAAAGUGUUAAUGUGCUCUUAAUGUAGCCUAAAAGCCAAAGUAUAGUGACUCAGAAUCCUCAAUCCACGAAACCCAAGAUUUGGAGCUCUUUGUGAUCGAGCCAAAGAAUUCUCACGUGCUCUACCUUCAAGAAGCAUUUCAAGGCUAAUAGUUCAUACAUGCAAACAAAUCCCACCGCAACUGUUUUCUGUUGUUAAUGGUUUUCUGAAAUGUAUACUUUAUGGAAUUGCAAGUGAAUUUGCAGGCAAGGAAGAAAAAUGUCAGUAACAGAUGAUGUUUAUUUGCCUGAAAUUUACUCAUUUCUAGAUGAAAACCAAGCACAGAUUUUAAAACUCUAAAGAUUAUUCUCCUCCAUCCACAGCAUUUACAAAAAUUAAUAUAAUUUUUUAACAUAGUGUUUUGUUUGAUAAAGUAUGCUGAUUUCUGUGCCUACUGUAUAAUGGUUAUCAAACAGUUGUCUCAGGGGUACAAACUUGGAAAACGAGUGUGACACUGACCAGCCCAGGAACAGAAUCGUGUUUUCUUGCUUUGAUCGGUUUUUCAGACUUUUCCAUUAUUUUUUUGGUUUUAUACUAGCUUCCAUUAUUUCAGUUGGUUGCCUUGAUUUUUAAAAUUUAAAUUUCUAAGACUAUAGACCUAAGGUUGUUUUGUUUUGUUUUUUUGAAAAAACAUUUUACUUUGUGAUAGUGUCAGCUUUAUGAGCAAAUUCAAUAUUAUUCAUAAACAUAUAAUUCCAGUGAUUUAUUAUGUGAGGUAACUACAAUGCAAUAUCUAGUGGCAUUGGCUGUCCAUAUAGUUCUGAUUGGCUUUGGUUUCUCUCGAGAAGUCCAUGCCAUUGCGCCCGGUUACCCAGCAGCAAUGAUCUUUGACACCUCCCAGAAGAUGUUCCUUCUGCUUAUGAAUCUUUCCACAUCCUUCCUCUUAAAUGAUCAUCAUUCCAGACUAUCUGAUCCAGUCCUCCAAAUGUUGAAUAUGUAGAAACUAAAGAGAGAAUACUUCUUACAGGAAUAGUUACCCAAAGGCUUUUUCAUAGCAAAUGUCACAAAUCAAUCUGAAUCCACAAGCAUACCUUUAUUACAGGUGCAGUGAUUGCUUGGUGAGCUUUGCAGAGUUGUGUGUUUCAGCACAGCAUCCUCUGCUCACCCUUAUUUCCUAUUUCUCGUAAAUGAUGUCUAGAGUUAUUGUGGUUCUUGGGAAAGCAGAAUGAAAAACUAAAAGUGUAUUUUCUAUUUUCCCUGCUUUCAGGUUGUCUGAGUAUUUUGUCUUUUGAUCAUCAAGGCAAAAGUACUUGAAAAUUUAAAAUAUACAAAUAAGAUAUGUUUGUUUUUUAAUUAUCUGAGAGUCUGUAAUGUAUUUGAAAAUAAUUGAUCAAUUAAUUUUUCUCACGCUUAUAUUGUAUCUUUUUAAAGUCAUGUGGAAAAGCCACUGGGUGACAAGGGACAAAAUCUGCUUAGGUACUCUGUGUAUGAACCCUGGUUUUAACUGCUAGGAUUCGACUCAAUUUCUGAGCUUCAGGAUAUAUGGCUACGUGGAAUGAAAUGCGAUUAAUUAUGUAUAUACAUAGUAUACUAAAACUAUAUAAUAGUUCGUAGAAAUUUUCACUAAUGAAAAAUGUAUCACACCAGAGCCAUCCCUAAACAGAAUUUUCUCUUGUCUUCCUUUUUAUCCUCUUGGACUCCUUCUCUUUGCUUCCACCUCAGACACUCAGACCUGGGGCUGCCUUCUCUCCCUCCUGAGUUUACCAUUACCAUACUCCCUCGC